GUCCAUUGUUGGAUUUCAGUUAUUGAUGAAGACUCUUUUCAUAAUGUACUAGCUUCUAUAAUCCAAAGGUUCUUCAGGGUAGUUAUGAGACCAUUGUGUAAUAUCACAAUCGGAAUGAAGCUACAAUUCUCAGUAGAGUUGUAGAUGCAAACUUUAAUGGAUUCGAACCAAAUAUCUUUUCACUAAUUCAAGGUUCUUGAUGAUACUUCAGCAAACAAAAGAAGAAUUUAAAUCGGCGACAUGUAUAACAAUUUUCACAAGUGUAUUCAAUAUUAUUGGUUUUUUUCUAGGAAUGAUGUUGGUUAUUUUACGGAAGAUGAGAGAAACGUAUCCCCUGAAUAUAAUAAUGUUAAUUUUAUACGGAUUGGCUAUAUCUGCAGCUCAAGGAUACUCUAUCAUCAAUGUGGAAAUUCUAGUAAAAGUCAUAGCAUGGGUUAUUGCUUUCGUGUUGCUUUCGAUUUUGGUCCCGGUUGGUAUGGUUAUAAAGACUGACUUAAGUCAAUAUACAAGUGUAUUUAUGAUUUACUGUGUUGCAGAACUUUCCACAAUCACAAUAGUAUUUAUCGGUCUUAUUAUAGCAGGUUACACACAGGUGGCUUUGGCUGUUUAUGUGGCCGGGGUAUUACCCAUAUUGAUUCCUGUGAGUUCAUAGUCAUUAUUUUGCAAAUUGAUUUAAAAUGAUAGAAGGUAUUAGUGAAUAGAGUAAGUUGUUCAUUUACUCACAUCAUAUUAACUAUAAAAGUGACAGCUAUGUAGUCUGAUUAAUAGUUAUAUCUCUUUGAAGAAAUCGUAUUUUUAGAGUUGUAUCUGAUGUCUGAUAUGUUUGUAAUGGACUAGUAUAAAUCACGUAUAUUGUUUGUACUCGUUUCUUGAUGAAUAGUUGAAGGUCUCUGAAAGUGUUCAAUAAAUGUUGCAGGAAUAUCCUAAGCAUUCCGAUAUAUAUUUAAACACAUUGUGAUUAUCGGGUAUUCAUUGGUUUUUAUUAUGAAACAUUCACUUCAGUGACAAGUUAGGUUACUGACCUUUCAGAAAACAUGUUCAUGUAUUUGUCGGUACUUUGAAUGAGUCAAAAGUUCUAAACCAAACUAUAUUUCUGUACUUUCGACAAAGAGUGAUUUGACUAGAUGUAAUGAAACUGUCAGAAAUAAUAAGUGUAUUUCGUUAGUAGUAGCAAUGUUCCCUAUAUCACGAUUUUAUAUGUUUGAGGUGCUGUGUUUUCUGAGCUGGAUUGUUUAGUUCUGAAACUUCUAUUGUUCUUCUAAGUGUUAUAACGGUUGGGUUUCCAACGUUUACACGUAUGGGAUGUUAAUUUACCUUAGAUGAAUAUCUACACUAGAUUCCCUUCCAGUGUCUAUUCUACAGGACUUCGACACAACUCAGAUCAAGAACACGUGAUUAGCCUGGCCACAACUUAAAUACAUAUUUCCACACCAAAAACCCAACACAAGCCAACAACAAUCAACAAUCAAUAAUAAUAAGUAUAAGGAUAGGGGAAUAUAUAUAACUCAUCUGACACUUGUCAGACUAUCUACAUGUCUGACUAAGCAGACAACCAAUCAUUAUCAUUCUCGCCCACAUCAACAGGGAACUUCAGGCUCACUCCCCUUAAAAAUGUUGGCCUUCAAAAUUUCUCCACAG